AUGGAGUCUUUCAAAGUUAUCGUCGUUGGCGCUGGGCCAGUCGGCAUGGUCCUGGCUCACGCGCUGCAAGUCUCUGGCAUCGACUACGUCCUCGUUGAGCAGCGCUCUCAAAUUCCUCCUGAUCCUGCUUACGGCUUGUUUUUGUGGCCUCAUAUCAUGCGAAUAUUCCAUCAGUUAGGUCUUCUCGAAGCCGUUACAGCUGUCGCGCAGCCUAUGGUUGAAGCGGUUCAUAGAUCAAUUGACGGCAGUGUUAUUCAUCGCUCCAGAGGUUUUGAAGAGCUUGGCGCAUUGUUCGGAUAUCCUAUGGCUAUUUUUAACAGAGGCGAUUUUGCCUCGGCGUUGAUGAGCAAGCUUGAAAAUAAGGACCAGCGCGUCAAGACAAACAAGCGCCUCACCAACGUCAUACACCACGACAACGGUGUAACAGUUAAAUUCGCAGACGGUACCACAGAAGUGGGAUCAAUUGUUAUUGGGUGCGAUGGUGUCUGGAGUAGUGUCCGCGACCAAAUGAAAGCGAAAGCACCAAAAGGUCUUUUCGACGAGAACCCCAAUCCAUUUCAAGCUCCUCAUGCAGGCGUGUUUGCCAAAGCUCCUUGUCCCAAAGAGCUUGAGCGUGGUAGAAACAUUAAUGUGUACCAAGAGGGGUCUCACGUUCAGGUAUUUACUGGUCUGAGAGAAGCGCAGAUUAUUGUAUAUCAUCGUAUUCCGACUUCGAGAACGAAGACGUUCUUUGGACAGAACGAUGCCGAGGAGGCGGCCAGACCUUGGAUGGAUGUUCCGGUUGGAGAUGGAAUUACGUUUGGUGAUCUGUGGAAGAAUAAGAUUGCUGGGGGCAGUGCAAACUUUGAUGAGGGUGUUUUGCCGUGGUGGCAUUGGGGACGCAUGGUUCUUGUCGGCGAUGCUGCUCAUAAGAUGAACCCCAUCAGAGGUGCAGGAGCGUGCUGCGGCAUCGAGGACGCCAUCGCCUUAGUAAACGGCCUCAGCCGGCUCCUCCACUCCGACGCCAACCCAGCAGACCGCAAGCUCCGUCAGGCUUUCCUUACAUAUCAAUACGAGCGCGAGGCUGCAGCAAAAUUAUGGAAUGACAUCUCUGCGCUGAACCUGGAACUCUGCAUCGGGGCCGAUCAGCCUGCAUUGAAAGCGCAAGGCGUUGCGGAUUACAGGACUAUUCCGUUAGUUGCUGAUGGACCCAUCUUGCAAAAUAUCCCUUUUGAGGAGAAGACGGGUUUUGUACCGUGGACUAGAAAGACACGCAAGUCUGAUGAGAAGAUUAAAGCGCCCCGAGGUCAGAAAUCACCUCUUGGAAAGCGCGCCAUGGCACGACUCACUUUGCAGAGCGUUAUCAUCAGCGCCCUUUUCUUGGGUGUCGCUCAAGCAGAAACCAACAGCACUUCUGGUAAUACCACCAUGGUCGGAUGGGUGUCCCCCGCACCUAGACGAAGUACUUGGAGUAUCAUCUGGAGCUGCCUCUCGAUUUUCAUUGUUUGUUCCUGGAAAUGCGUCCAUCUCAACAUCCCAACCCACGAAGAGAUUCAGGGUGAAUGGCAUACAAUUCAGCUGUGCAGAGGCCUGCCUGACGUCUCUUUCUGGCCUAAAGCACCAUUGCGCCGAAAAUGGAGACGCAAGAUCAUCUGGAUGACAGCCAUUGCCCUCGCGCCUGAGUUUGGAGUUGCACUGGCUGCAAUGCAGUACAGGGAUGCCCGCCGGGAACUAAAAGAGUUUACAAAAGAUCUGUCUCAUGAAGAGUUGGUAUAG